AUGAUUAGCUUUAAAAAAGGCUAUAAGAAAAAUCGCCCUCGUCAGGGCGAAUCACAAUGUCUUCAGAUCCUCCAGUGGAAUGCUGGAGGAAUGUCUCCGGACAAAAAGAUCCAAGUACAGAAAAUCCUACAAACCUAUGAUGUUGACAUUUUCACAAUUAUGGAAGCUAAAAUUUCGGAUGACAAACUGAAGUACUACCAAUUCCCAGGUUACACCCUGUACAAUCUACCUAAAUACUGGCAAGUUGCAAGUGGAAUUCUAACUGGGGUAAAAGAAGGCCUCACCUCAUACUACGACCUAAUCAAGAGUAUGGGCUCGACACAAGACAAAUGUGAAAUAAUCAGAUUAAAUGUUUGGAAAUGUCAAAACCAAUUCAAGAUAUAUGCAGUCUAUAAUCCACCCCAGAAUUGUCCAAACUUUGACUUUCUGAACAUCUCACACAAAACUAUAGUAUUAGGAGACUUCAACGCCCACUCCACCAGAUGGGGCUACAAGGAUACAAACAUAGCUGGAAAGGAAAUUGAAGACAUGCUAAACAGCAACAUUCUGGAACUUAUUUACAGAAAUGAGGAUCCGGCUACAUAUUUGCACUACAAUGGAUCCAGAACAACUCCUGAUUUACUCUUGGCUUCAAGCGACAUCAGUGAGCAUACACACCGCAAAAUAAUUGACGAUCCUGGUUCUGGUCACAAACCAGUCAUUGCUAGUAUUAUCAUCGGCAGCAAAAGCAUGUCAAGGAAAGUGCCAACUAAGCUNCGAAUUGGUACAGACAGUCACGGGCGUUAA